AAAAAAACUUGCGGGGAUAGUGGUUUUAUCGCAGGUGGAAAUAUUGUAAAUAUUUCGAAAAGAAACCAAUAGUUUGUCUAAUAAUCAAUCCAAAAUACAACAAUGGAUGACCAAGGAAGGAAAGUCAUUGUUUGCGACAACGGCACAGGUUUCGUAAAAUGUGGAUACGCUGGCAGCAACUUCCCCGCGUUCAUAUUCCCGUCGAUGGUAGGCAGGCCUAUCAUCAGAGCGGAGAACAAAAUCGGAGAUAUUGAUGUUAAGGAUAUUUGUAUUGGAGACUUAAUGGUAGGAGAUGAAGCCUCCCAGCUCAGAUCCAUGCUGGAAGUCAGCUACCCCAUGGAGAAUGGGGUGGUACGCAACUGGGAGGACAUGUGCCACGUGUGGGACUACACCUUCGGGCCGAGCAAGAUGAACGUGGACCCGCACGAGACCAAGAUCCUGCUUACCGAACCGCCCAUGAACCCCACUAAGAACAGGGAGAAGAUGAUUGAGGUGAUGUUCGAGAAAUACGGUUUCGACAGCGCGUACAUAGCCAUACAGGCGGUGCUCACUCUGUAUGCCCAGGGACUUAUAUCUGGCGUGGUGGUGGAUUCAGGCGACGGCGUGACGCACAUUUGCCCUGUGUACGAGGAGUUCGCUCUCCCGCAUCUAACCAGGAGGUUAGACAUCGCGGGCCGGGACAUCACUAGAUACCUUAUCAAGCUGCUCCUACUCCGUGGUUACGCCUUCAACCACUCAGCGGACUUCGAGACAGUCCGCAUGAUGAAGGAGAAGUUAUGCUACAUCGGCUACAACAUCGAACAGGAGCAGAAGCUCGCGUGGGAGACCACGGUGCUGGUCGAACCGUAUGUGCUGCCUGACGGGCGGGUGAUCAAAGUGGGAGGCGAACGCUUCGAGGCUCCCGAGGCGUUAUUCCAGCCGCAUCUCAUCAAUGUAGAGGGACAGGGCAUCGCCGAGCUCGUCUUCAACACCAUACAGGCGGCCGACAUAGACAUGCGCAACGAGUUAUACAAGCAUAUAGUCCUAUCCGGGGGCUCCACCAUGUAUCCCGGGCUCCCGUCGCGGCUCGAGCGAGAGAUCAAACAACUGUACCUCGAGCGAGUCCUGCGCAACGACUGCGACAAGCUCGCCAAAUUCAAGAUCCGCAUUGAGGACCCGCCUCGGCGUAAGGACAUGGUGUUCAUCGGAGGCGCAGUCCUGGCCGAGGUCUGCAAGAACCGGGACAACUUCUGGCUGUCGCGGAACGAGUACCAGGAACAGGGUCUUGCCUGCCUAAGGAAGCUCGGGCCUAGAGCGAGUUAAUGACAAAUACUUGUAAAUAUAACCAAAUCAUUUAUUAAUCAUUUCCAUUUUAUGUAACGAUGAGAACUGUAUUACUUUAAGUUUAAUUCUUAGACAUAAUUUGAAUUAUAGCGUAUAACUGCCAAAAUAAAAUGUUCGUCAUACUGUGUCACAAUAUAAAUAUAUUAGCAAAAGGACACUUAGUUAAAUGUAGAGAAAUGUAUGGAGAAUACUAAAAUAUCACAUAACAAUAAAAGACAAGUCAACAGUUAGAUUUUUACUAUGAAAUUCACUUACACUAAAAGUAAAUUUAAAUAAUACUAUAGAUUGACUGCGUUUUUGGCGACACUGAAAUUAAAACCAGAUUUUGGAGACUAAAAUAAUUGAUAUUUAAUUACUACCAAACCAUUAUUUUAGUCCUUCAACCCGUUUCAAUUUACUGCGAAAUAAGAUUUCAAUGAGGGCUAUCGUUUUUAUACUCAACAGUUGGCACCCCUGGCGAUUGACAGGACCUUACUCUACAGUGGCGCCAUCUUGAUGAGUGCAAAUGCGAUAGUCCGCCUACCACUUUAGCGCUCACCAGUUGGUGCCACUGUCUUCGCUACUAGCAAGUGACAGGACCUUUCUCUACAGUGGCGCCAACUGGUGAGCGCUAAAACGAUAGCCCUCAUUGAUUUAAAAUCUAUGAAAUUAUAGUUCUUGAGCUAAAUUUAGUCAGUGCCUGAGAUAUGGAGCGGCACGGGACGGGGGACAACUGACAUUGACAUAAAUUUUGACGUGAUAGCGCAUUGGUUCCUAAAGUGGGGGGCGCGCCGCCCAGGGGAGACGCAAAGACCUUUAAAGGGGGGCGCGGGCCAUCCGUGUACUUAAGUAUAAAAAACAUGCGACCGCUGAGCAGGGUUCGAAAGGAUAACUAUCGUGAUAAUAACAGAUGGAUAAUUAUCGGUUGAUAAUAACAAAAAUAUGCGCUCAUGAAAAUGAAUUGUAUUUGAAGUUUCCGAACGUGUAUUUCCGCACUUGCGUCUAGUGGUGGGCGUUAAUCAACAUAGAUAGUUAUAAAACCUAUCUAUUUAGCUACAAAAUGAUCACUAGUUGCUAGCGUCAAAAUAUUUAUCUAUUUUCUAAGCAUUAUGCGACUAGCGAGCGAUGGAUAACCUGACAACAAUCAGCAACCAAAAACAUAAAGUAACAUUUCUUAUAAAACAAAAUGACAAAUGUAUCUUAUACUGUUGAUAAUUAUCCGAUAAUUAUCAUGAAGCAUAAUUAUCUUGAUAAUUUCGAACCCUGCCGCUGAGAGAAUGCAUUCCAGACAGCUCGAUACGACCAAUAAAUAAUCUUGAUUUGAGGAUUUUUUGUAUGGUCGAAAGGGGGCGCGUCUCAAAUAAGUUUGGGAACUAAUGUGAUAGAGCAUCAAAUUUGAAUACCUAUCCUACCUACCUAUAGUCAAAUGAGUUGGUAAAUAAGUGACGUCACUGGUCACCUAUAAAAGUUAUGUCAAUUGAAUGUCAAAUACUCAAUAUUUUGGGUAGUUAUUCUUAAUUAGUUUAGUUCUUCAAAAUUCCGGUAGUUCUCACCUAACCUCGUGGUUUGACGACAUAUUUGUUGCUGUUAGGCUCGGUUUUCACCAAGAGCGGAACGGAGAAUACGGGACUAUUCCCACCUCUCGUUUCCACCGCUGCAACUCCUGUGUAGCCAGGAUCUACAGCUUGACCGCCAUAAAAACCCAACCAAUGAAGGUCAAGUUUGUCCCGGGGGAAAGUUAAACUGUCAUUGGACCCCCAACGAAAUUAAUCAGUAGAACAUUAAGGAGGAGUUCGACAUUUAAGGUUCGACUUCCCUCCAUUGCAAAGCGGAUGACAGGUGACAAACAAAGGCUUAAAAGGAAAAGUGUUUUCAAUAACCAAUCAGAUUUCAUUAUGUCUUCUCCGCUUCGCUUUAGUGGAAAUCGAGCCUAAAGCUGUAUAAAGUUAAUAUUUCUACUUAUUAUGAAAUAGGUACUUUCUUUCGUUAACCAAAACGGGAAAGAUCUUGGCUUGCAUCUCACCUGAUAGAAAGUGAUGAUCAGGCCGAAUUUUCAUACUAGGAAUGCGUCAUUAUUUCAUAUAGGAUUUUGGCAAAAUAAACAAUGUAUUACUAAAUUAUAAUAAAUUAUGAUUAUUAUAAAAUUUCCUUAUUAAAACCGACAUCAUUUUAAAGAGACUGUAGACAUGCAUUUUGUAUUAAAAAGUGAAUUACUUCUUAAUUAAUUUGUGUAAAUUAAGUUGAUUUAUAUUUCUCAAUGAACAAUCUUUGAAUUAAAAAUCUGUUUAUA